AUGCUAGUACGGUGUAUUAAAAUCCUUGUAGCAGUCAUGCUUAGUCUGACGUUUACCAUCUCACUGUCGAAGCUGGUGCUGUGCGUGUGGAAUGGCUGGUUCAACGCGGAUGCAGCAGAUUACGAAAUUUUCGCAUCCUACCCGGGUUUGGGCCCGUCCUCGGCACCAUCAACGUCGACUUCUGCCGGCGGUUCCCAGCAACGGCGCACUCCCACCAUCGUGGACGAGUGGCUCGACCACAAUCAGCUGGGCAAAUACAAGCAGCUCUUCCGUGACAAAGGUAUCUCCACACUCUCGAGCUGCGGGGAUCCUGAGCGCCUACCGGAGCUGCCACCGGGAGACGAACAGCGUCUUCAGCGAGCGGCCUUGAAUCUACAACAGAAACUUAUUCUUCGCGAGUGGCUUAAGGAGCAUCGAUUGCAACAUCAUUACUCCAGAUUGGUCGCCAUCGAGGUGACAGCACUGGAAGAUGUAUACUGGCUAGAGGACUCUCGGGCGAGCCAGAUCCUUGGCAAGGACUGGCCCGUCUGGUCCAGCGCACGACAGAAACUGCCAACCUCCAAAGCCAACCUGGAAGCCUUAAAAGCCGACCUAUGGUCGACGGUUGUCAAGUCGAGCCAACAUCAGGAUGCCUGGACCUGGGGUGGUAUGCUGGUGGUGUCGGUGUCGGUGGCCGGCCUCGUCACACUGGCGGCCAUGACACAGCCCUCACUCGCACCAGAAGCUCGCCAUUCGCUACUGCAGUACGUCACCGGAAAGUAUCUGCUGCCGGCUAACUGCAAAGUACAUUGGGACUGGUCUGACCCAGCUCGUGUUGGCGGAACGAUGUGCUUCACUGUGCGAUUCCAUCAGCGUAAUGGCCAGGCAUAUCCCAUCUGUGAUACGGAUCAGUUCUUCGUCGAAGUCACCGAGGGCACGCGCAAAAUCGUCACGAUCAGCGAACUUGGCUCACCGACCGAUCCGAACAAUGCCAACAUAGCGAAGGUCAAGUUCACGGUGCGUACUGCCGGUCAGUAUAAGAUCUCGGUGCUCAUCGGUUCUAGCCACAUCGCGGGUAGUCCCUUCCUGAAGACCUUCGCACCAGGACCAAUGGACGCUCGGCGGUCUCGACUAAUCCGCCCAGCUAGCACCGUUGUCUGUUGUGCCGGUGCUCCAACAUUCCUGCACAUCGAGCCGAGGGACGAACACGGCAACACCUGCCAGUUUGAGACGGACUGUGACCCCAUCAAGGGGUACAGCAUCGACAUAUUCGACCUGUACGGUCACCAUAAUGAUAAGUUUGCAAGCGCGGUCUCCUUCUCAUACGACAAGGUGAAUGCGCGCAUUAGUCUGACUGCCCUCUUUCCGGAGCCAGUGUGCCUGCGGGCCGUGGUCAGCUACGAGGCUCACCCGAUCCCUAACGGAGACUUCGACAUCAUCGUGCUCAGCAGCAGUGACACGACGUUGGUGCACAAGAACAUUGCCUCGCGCAAACACAACAUCUGCUACGAGGCCAAACUGUUCAGCAUCUACGGGCAGCAACGGUGGACCAAACCCCGCAAAGUGCUCUGCUACGUUGGACCCAAACAGGUCACAAUCAAGGAGAUGAUCCUUAAAAUCAUUCCCAAGCGUAUCGCGACCUUUCGCCUUUGUCCUUCCACUAAAUUCCAUUUUCUUCCGCCUUCGACCAUUCAAAUGAACAACAGCCACGGUGCGAUAUUCAUCAUCGACGAUGGCUGCCAGCCAAAGAUAGAGCUGGCGUCUAAGGAGCGCAACGUCAUCGCGGCUACCUUCACGCAUUUCCUGCUGAAGAACAUCGGUGGAUCGGAGACAUUCAAGGAUAAGCAGGAUUUCUUCUACCACGAAGUACGCAAGUUCCAUUCCAACUACUACCACGAGAAACUGUCGUUGAAAGUUCAGCGAGACAAGAUCCUGGAGUCAAGCAUGAAAGCGACGAAGAAUUUCUCGGUAUCCGAUUGGUGCGGUAACUUUGAGGUCACAUUCCAGGGUGAACAAGGCAUCGAUUGGGGUGGCUUGAGACGCGAAUGGUUCGAGCUGGUGUGCAGCGCUCUAUUUGACCCCCGUGGUGGUCUUUUCUGUACAUUCCACGACAAGCGGCAGGCCUUGGUUCAUCCGAACCCAAAUCGGCCCCCUCACCUGAAGUUGAAGCACUUCGAAUUCGCCGGCAAAGUCGUAGGCAAGUGCCUGUAUGAGUCCGCCCUUGGUGGCACGUACCGACAGCUGGUACGGGCUCGUUUCUCUCGUUCCUUUUUGGCGCAAUUGAUUGGUCUGCGAGUCCACUACAAAUACUUCGAGCAGGACGAUCCAGAUUUGUAUCUGUCUAAGAUAAAGUACAUCCUCGAGACCGAUCUGGACACAAGUGACAACUUGGAGCUGUACUUCGUCGAAGAGAUGUACGACCAGAGUGGCCAACUGCAAAAGACCGUGGAGCUCAUUCCAAAUGGAGCCAAGGUGCGCGUGACUAACGCUACCAAGAACCAGUACCUAGACGCGCUAGCACAACAGCGUUUGUGUAAUAAUGUUCGUGAGGAAGUUGAUAGCUUCCUCAAGGGGCUGAAUGGAAUCAUUCCCGACAAUUUGUUAAGUAUUUUCGAUGAAAACGAACUUGAGUUACUUCUCUGCGGCACUGGAGAAUAUUCUAUCGCUGACUUCCGUGCAAAUCACAUCGUCAAUGGAGGCUCGGCAGAGUUUCGGCGCGUUCUUGGUUGGUUCUGGGCUGCUGUAGGGAAUUUUUCGCAAACAGAAAUGGCUCGUCUAUUGCAAUUCACCACCGGUUGCUCGCAGCUGCCUCCAGGAGGAUUCCAGGAGCUGAACCCUAGGUUUCAAAUAACUGCGGCUCCGACAUUUGGCAAUCUUCCAACUGCCCACACUUGCUUCAACCAGCUUUGCUUGCCCGACUACGAAAGUUACGAGCAUUUUGAGAAAGCUCUCAUGUUUGCUAUCAGCGAAGGUACCGAAGGAUUCGGCAUGGUCUAAACGUCAUGAGGCAAACUUUGGAAACUUCUUGCUAGGAUACUACUGAUGUUCUCUGGCCCCUCGGAAAUGGCACUACUGUACUCGAUUCGCUUUCUCUCAGAUGCCAAAGUUCCAGAUUCCAGAUUCGUCUACUUCUUUUUCUACAUUCCCCAUCCAUUCUGUUUCAUCGGACCAUUAUUCAGAUCAUUGCUCCCACAUUUCUCUACCAUGCCAUUUCAAAUUGUUCUGUACUCAGUGCCAAAUCCUAUCUUUAACAACCUUUACAAGACCAUCAAAAAGCCUACCGGCAUCGAUACUAGAGAAUUGCGUUAUUCGAAUUGGAAUUGAAAAAAUUAACCACAACUACAAGCAAACUUAACGUUCAGUAGCAUUCAAUUCUAACGAUCCUAGAGCAUGUUCCACGAUCACACACUUUUCCAGGUGUGCGCUUCCAUUAGGGGCCUCGUUGCAUACGCUGCACUAAACAUGUCCGUUCGAUGCUUAUGCUGCAUAGUUGUUGCGUUGAGAGCAAUAUUUAGCGGAUACGAGUAGUGUUGCUGAUAGCCGUAGGCCAACCUAGGCUGAUUAAGAAAGCUGCCGAUGUUUGUACCACCCUUUAUGUCAUUCCGUGGUUUGAUUGUGUUGCCCAUUUGCACACCUCUAGCAGUGUGAUCCUAACUCAGUAUUGAGUUUAGCAAAAUACUAAGAAAACCCUUCUGCAAGCAGAAUACAAUUAGGUAUAAAUUCUAUCUUUGACCGAUAGAGAAAAAGAAAAAAUAUGAAAACCGAAUACAAGCAAACGUGCUAAUUCUGUGAUACUUGAGAAAACAAAAUGCUAAGCCAAGUAAAACUACUUCUUAUACCAAUCAAACAUACAAAACUCUAGUGCUUAGGAAUUUGAACUCCGAACGGAGUGAUGUAUCCGGCACUAUCUUGAAUAAGUGCUCUCUGACUAAAAAUGGAGAGUGAUGUCAAAGGCCGCCAUUUGAAGCUACUAAUCGUUGAACAUAUUUAUCGUACAAUUAUGAAACACUCGUUUUCUUCCGAGACUGGGCUAUUAAUCCCAGAAGGCCUCAGAAUGUAUUGAGGAAUAACGGUCAAAAUCCAAAGCUUUUAAUUCGAGUUCAAAAUUUAGGUACUAAAUAUUUAAUCUACUUACUGGAUACUAAUUAUAUAAAAUCUAUUACACAAGUACACUGUAGGGCCUACUAGAGUAACAUUGUCGAGAAUGAAGUAGGAUCGAUGGGAACAUUUUCGGAAAAAAUACUUUUCGUUACCAUAUUGCAAUGAUGGCUGAGGAACAGAUAAAAUUUUACAAAAUCAAAAACCCCCUUUAAAAAUAAACCCCAUUCCAUCGCGUCCAUUGUUGACGCGAUUGGAAGAUAAGAUUUUCGAAUUCAGCGAAUAUUUGUAAACCAACACCAUGCAGCAUGCAUUUCAGAGAGCAGCUGCUCCUCGUCAAACAAUCUGCCACCGGUGCGCUUAGCAAAAUGAGGUGGGUAAUUUUUGACCAGGUUUGAUGAUAAUUGUUCGGAUUUUCUGUAUGAGAUCAUAGUGCUGUCUCGGAAAGCAAUAAAUACAUUUUCACGCAAACUUGUGACACACGAAGAGGUGUGAAGAUUUGGUAGAAUUGUUAAGAAAGUAGUAAACGAAGGGGAAAGUAGACGAACGCAAUCUCUUAGGUGUCACUCUUGGAACAGGGAGAACCCCCAAUGUUUCGAAUGAAUGAGUGAAAUAAAUAUUAGUACAUAAUCG